AAAGUAAACAACGAUGACUGUUCUGUUUUAAUGAUUGGGUGGUGUCAUUCCUGCCUGCCACGAUAAUAAUGAGUUGUAAUGUCUCUUCGUUUUCCACUAUACAGAUGACAGUCAGCUGAGAGGCAGCCAGCGGUUCGAUCGAAAGUCAGGCGUGCUGUUUUUGCAAUGGAAUUUCAGACCGAAUACACUCGGAACGAGGAAGAUGCUUUAGACAAGGAAUUCAACCGACUUAAUGGAAAAUGCUACCUCGAUCACGCUGGAAGUACGUUGUAUGCGAGUUCUCAAAUCCAUGCCGUCCAACAAUUUCUAACGGAAAAUCUUCUAUGCAAUCCGCACACGAGUCGCACCAUCGAGGAUCUGAUCGAUCAGAUCCGUUAUCGGAUACUGCGGCACUUCAACACGCGUUCUUCGGAAUAUAGUGUAAUAUUCACGUCUGGAGCCACGGCCAGCCUAAAGCUGGUGGCAGAGAAUUUUUGCUUCCGUACAUCAGGAGCUUUCGUGUAUCAUCACGAUAGUCAUACUUCGGUGCUUGGAAUGAGAGAUGUCGUCGGUACGACACGCGUAUAUCCUAUUGGACGGGAACAGCUAUUGGCGAAUCUUCUCGAACAAAACGAAACCACAGGUCAAAACACUUCGCUUUUGGUUUUCCCCGCUCAAUGUAACUUCAAUGGAGUAAAAUAUCCUCUUGAACUGUUGGCCACGAUCAAGCGGUACGGUCUGAACGGGUACGAUCAGGAACGAUUUCACGUUUGCUUGGAUGCAGCAUGUUUCGUUUCGACUAGUUUCCUUGAUUUGAACAAAUAUCAACCGGACUUUGUGUGCCUGUCUUUCUACAAACUUUUUGGCUUUCCAACCGGCCUCGGAGCAUUGCUGGUGCAUCGCGAUGCUUCGAAACUCUUACAAAAGCGCUACUAUGGAGGUGGUACAGUUAAAAUAGCUAUGGCCGGACGAAACUUUCACGUCAAACGAGACUCCGUAGUGGAACGUUUCGAAGACGGAACAAUUCCGUUCACCUCGAUAGCUUCUUUGAUUCAAGGUUUCGAUACACUAGAGCGACUGGUGCCGUCUGUGAAUGGACAACGAUUUAUCGAGCGAAUUGCACGGCAAACAUUCCAACUGGGAUGCUACUGCUAUUCCAGAUUACGUAGUUUACAACAUGCUAACGGGAAUGCGGUGGUGAAGCUGUACCAUGACACCGCGUUUGAAACUAUGGAACAACAGGGCGGAAUUGUAAAUUUUAACAUCCUCCACGAUGACGGUAGCUACGUCGGAUUCGCCGAGUUCGCUUAUAUGGCAAAUGUCCACAAUAUCAUACUGAGAACUGGAUGUUUCUGCAAUCCUGGAGCUUGUCAGAGGCUAAUCGGUUUGACGGAUGAAGACGUUUUAAAACAUUUCGACGCCGGUCACGUCUGCGGCGAUGCAAUUGAUUUGAUUGAUAAUCAACCCACUGGGUCGGUGCGUGUCUCGUUUGGCUACAUGACCAAGAGGCAGGACGUAGAUCGGCUUAUCGAAAUGAUAGAAAAAUGCUACAUCAAAACUCGGAUACCGAACAGCAUUUCGCGAAGACAAAUUGAGCUCAGUUAUAAAAAACACAAUCAAGCGAAUUUGAAAAUGAUUUGUCUUUUUCCGAUUAAAUCAUGCGGAUCGUUCAAAGUCACCACCAGUUGGCCGCUGUGUCGCAAAGGUCUGAAGUACGAUCGUGAUUUUGUAAUCGUUGACGAAAACGGCGUUGUGUUGACCCAAAAGAAGCUAACCGAGAUGUGCCUGAUAAUGACGAGAAUAAACCUUGAUACAAAUGAGCUAACUCUGUCUCAUCCUUCACUAUCCGAUUUCAUUUUAGAUAUGAACACUUUGGCGAACUCGUCGGGUAGUCAGUCCAUCACACUAUGUGAAACUAAGGUGUGCCAGGACGGUGUCCAAACCGUGGAUUGUGGUGACGAUGUUGCUGAUUGGAUCAGUGUGGCAUUGCAAACCUCUGGCCUUCGGCUGCUAAAACAGUCCGACGAUGAUGUGCGGACUUUCAGACAAACAACGAAGGAAAUUGCCCUCGCCAAUCAGGCCCAGUUUUUGCUAAUCAAUCAAAGUUCGGUACAGUGGCUGGCGGAAAAGGUUCCCGACUGGGACGACUUUGAGUGUGAACCAACGCUGGAUUCGUUGGUUGAUCGCUUUCGUGGAAAUUUGAUUAUCGAGACUGGAUCACGACCGAUGGAGGAAAUUCAGUGGAAGCGGGUCAAGAUUGGUGAGCAUGAGUUUGCAGUGGAUGGACCUUGCUCGCGCUGUCAAAUGAUCUGUAUUGACCAAACCAGUGGUGUGAAAACGACAGAGCCUCUGCGAACAAUUGCUCGGGAAUUCAAAGGAAAGAUGCGAUUCGGAAUAUAUCUAUCGCGUGACGAGCUGUGUUCUAAGGACGGUUCGGAUAACAACAUACUGUACUGUGGAAGCACCGUUUGUGGAGCGCUUGAAUAACAAACAUUUUACUACUUAAAACUAGUCCAUUUUUUUCGGUCGAAAAAAACGGCUCGAAAUCCUUCGGAAUCACUGAACAACGCAAUCAGUGAUGGGUUGUUCUUUGACUGUCUUCACAGGUUGACCAUCUUUGGCUGCCAUCACAUUUGAAACCACUUCGCCAUAGUCCGGAAACGCCAACGAGCUGAGCUUCGAAUGAACCAAGGUCUCAUUGAUUUGCACUUCGAACGAACCUCGUCGACCUGUUCGGCACGUUACCUGAGCUUCGGGUACACGUUCCUCGAUCAGACGACUCAACUCAAGACAUUGUGGUUGGGAGUUGCACACGUUGCUGGAAAUUAAUAGAAAUGGUAGAAACAAUACUAUUAAAAAUACAGAGAAAAAUGAAAAACA